GAGAAGUGAGAAUUAAAUGUAAAAAUGUUUUGUAAUUGGAGUGAACGUGUAUUAGUGACAUCUAUCGUUUUAUUAGUGGGAAGACCAAUUCAUGGAGAUGUUGUUGGCGGAGUGUCUGUGGUCCUGGUCCAGACUAACAUUACAAAGUUGACCGCGCGGGUCAUACACGCGGCGGGCUACCAUUUGCACCAUGUCGAACAUCUAUCUAUUAUGGACGCACCGAAUUUGGAGCACAUCGUCGUUGAAGAUCUGAGCAAGAUGCCUAAUCUUAAGUCGUUCUUCAUAACGCAGGCGCCGCGGCUGCACCGCGUGCCCACGCUGCCCUCACUGCCAGAGCUACGCACUUUCAUCAUAACAACAUCGGGGCUGCUGGAGGUGCCUAAUCUAAGCCACGUCCACGACACCAACAAAGUGAACACCUCUCUACCUUAUUUACAAGCCAUCGAUUUGGAGGGUAACCACAUCAAACGCAUCCCUCCGCACGCGCUUCGAGUCCGCGCUGACCAAGUUUCGUUAAACUACAAUUUGAUAGAAGAAGUACCUGCGCACGCAUUUAAAAACGCUCAAAUAUCUAAAUUGAGUUUUCGCGGCAACUCAAAACUGAAGCGGUUAAAUGAGUUAGCCUUCGCUGGGAAUCUUUUAUUAAGACAAUUAGACCUCAGCAGUACAGCCAUUACUUCGCUACCUACCAAAGGUCUAGAGAAAUUAGAAACACUAAGAAUAGAAAAAACACCUUCUCUUAAAUACAUUCCAUCUAUUUACGAAUUUCAGCAUCUAGAAAAGGCAUUUCUGACACAUCACUUCCAUUGCUGCGCGUUCGCGUUCCCCGAGCGGCACAACCCCGCGCGACACGCAUUGUAUGAGACACAAAAGGCGAUAAUGGCGCAGAAGUGCCAACAAAUGUCUGCAUCGAAAAGGCGACGGCGAUCCCCAAACUCUUCCAAAAUAUAUAAAUUUGGUGUCGAAAAUGCUCAAGAGACGGUAAUCGACGAUGAGACGACUAGCGAGGAGUACGAUCAAGGCAGCGAGGAGUACUCCUCCGACACGGGCAGCUUCGAGGACGACAUGCAGGGAGGCUUCCACGAGCUGGUCAACGACACGCUCUCACACGGCGUCGCGUACUUCGCGGCCUGCGGGAACUUCAGCUUGAGUCGGCGCAAAGUGGAAUGCACGCCACUACCUGACGCACUGAACCCCUGCGAGGACGUUAUGGGAUGGUCAUGGCUGCGCGCCAGCGUGUGGCUGGUGAUCGCGGCCGCGGUGGUCGGCAACGUGGCCGUGCUGCUGGUACUCCUCACCAACCACGCCGAGCUCACCGUGCCCAGGUUCCUCAUGUGCCACCUCGCCUUCUCCGAUCUCUGCACAGGAGUCUAUCUCCUCAUGAUCGCGGUCGUCGACCUCAGAUCAUACGGGGAAUUCUUCAACUACGCCUACAGCUGGCAGUACGGCGUCGGAUGCAAGAUAGCCGGCUUUCUAUCCGUCUUUUCUGGUCAAUUAUCUGUGUUCACUUUGACGAUUGUGACCUUGGAAAGAUGGUUUGCGAUUACAUACGCGAUCUACUUGGAGAGACGAAUCUCGUUGGCCGCUGCGGCAAAGAUAAUGCUCGGAGGAUGGCUGUUCUCUCUUCUAAUGGCAAGUUUGCCUCUAGCUGGCGUAUCAGACUACUCCUCGACGUCUAUUUGUCAGCCUGUGGAGAGCGUUAGUGUGGGCGACGCGGUAUACCAGGGCUCCUUGUUCCUGACCAAUGCUAUAGCAUGGGUGACGAUAGUGGUGUGCUACGUGCAGAUAUACAGAUCUCUGGGCGGAGGAGGCGAAAGUUACGGUGGUAGAGGCGCGGCAGCAGCUGCCGAGCGUCGUAUAGCGAACAAAAUGGCGUUGCUUAUAGGAACUGAUUUACUCUGCUGGGCGCCGGUAGCGUUCUUCGGCGUCACAGCUUUAGCUGGUAUACCACUAGUCGAUGUUAGUCAUGGAAAGGUAUUGUUAGUGUUUUUCUAUCCGCUGAAUGCUUGUGCGAAUCCAUUCCUGUACGCUAUCUUAACAAAACAGUAUCGGCGGGAUCUUAUAACUCUGAUCGCUCGUACGGGUAAGUGCAACUGGCUGAUAGAGAAGUACAAGUUGGCGGCCACCCCGCCCCCCACCGCGCAGACCAACCCCUCCGCCCCCGCGCCCCUAAUGCCGCUAAUAGACUACAAUAGAUCGCAGUCGCAAGUCAGCAAAGAGAAUGGAGAAGUCGUGCUUUAAUUAUGUUAAGUUAUAUUUAAUUAGGAU